UCGAUUUUUCGAUAGGUCCAUCUCUUGCAGCUCUACGUGUCACAAUUAGAACGCAAAAGCAAAACACUGCGGUGCAUUUAUUUACUUCUAAACAAAAGCUUACUAUUCCAGAUAAAAUGGCUGAUGAGCAACCAAAUCUGGUGGCCGGACACCCACCUGCACUAAAAGCCGGUGGCAUGAGAAUUGUGCAGCACAAAGCACCAACUACCGAACGUGCGCCCAAGGAUGCCGAAGAUUGCACUGGACUUACUCAACCCAUUAGCGUAAACUCGGCUUCGGUGAGCGGUGCUCCCGUUAAGGACAACACUGGCUUUACGCCCGCCUCAGUCCAGGUGGCCCAUUCUGCCAAGCCCCCGGUAGCCGUACAGCAGAAGCCACAGAUCCACAUCCAGCAGCCACGCAAGUGAUCUGGAGCCCAAUAUUCCUUUAAACCAUGAUCUUUGUUGAAAUUCUCCAUGUACGAAAUGGUAUUGAAGUUGCCUCUAUAAGUAAUAUAUAUUUAAAGUAUCUUUGCUAUUGCAUUCCAAAUGAAUUUCUUUGCAUCUUUUUUUCAUAUUUUUAAUAAAAUAUAUUGUCCUUUUUUUGUA